AGCAGUGCGCAGGCGCGGUGCGGGGCUCAGACAAGCUCUCCGUGGGCUGCGAUGGCUCGGCGGCUGGAUGCGCUCCUGUGCCUACUCACCCUGCUGGCGGUACCGCAGCCCUGCCCGGCAUCGGGGGGCUCCGGGGGGACGCGGAGGGGAUCGGCUGACUCUUGCGGAUCCAAGGGAGCGUCUGCGCUGAGCAGGAACGCAGGGCUGCCCAACGUCACCUUCCGAUAUGACAACUGCACUGCCUACAUGAACCCUGGAGGAAAGCACCUGAUUGGGGAUGUGCAGAACAUAACCAUCAGCCAGUUUGCCUGCAAUGACCAAGUGGCGGUUUCGGUCCUCUGGACGGCCAAUGAAAUUGGCAUGGAUUACCUGAAAGGCUUCCGGGUUGUUGUGGAAGAGUUGAAGUCGGAGGGGAGAUUCUGUCAGCAGAUGGUGAUGAAGGACCCGAAGCAGCUGAACGGAAACUACAAGAGAGUCGUAAUGGAAACGCAGCCGUUUAUGAACCUGAAAUUUGAAACGGAUUAUUUUGCAAAAAUUGUCCCUUUUCCCUCCGUAAGGAACGAAAGCAACUACCAUCCAUUCUUCUUCAGAACCCGCACCUGCGAGUCGUUGUUGCAGCCGGACAGUCUGACCUGCAGGCCGUACUGGAAACCGAAAAACGUCAACGUCACCCAACAGGGCGUCAACAUGCAGGUGUCCUUUGACCACGCCCCUCAGAAUUUCGGCUUCAACUCCUAUUCGGUCAACUACAAACUGAAGCACGAGGGCUCCUUUAAACAGAAGAUCUGCCGGCAGGUCCUGAACACAGACUUCUCCAACUGCCUCAUCCAGAACGUCUCCCCGGGGGAUUAUGUCAUUGAGCUCGUGGACGACACCAACACGACAAGGAGGUUCAUGCAUUACUCGCUGAAACCAGUGCAUUCCCCUUGGGCCGGCCCAAUACGCGCCAUCGCCAUUACUGUACCCUUGGUCAUCAUCUCUGCCUUUGCCACUCUAUUCACUGUAAUGUGCCGCAAGAAGCAGCAAGAAAACAUUUACUCACACCUGGACGAGGAGAGUUCGGAAUCUUCUACUUACGCAGGGAGUCUGCAUGUGGAGAAACCGCGUCCGCGCCCUCGAGUUUUUAUUUGCUACUCUAGUAAAGACUGUCAAAAGCACAUUAAUGUCAUCCAGUGCUUUGCCUAUUUCCUACAAGAUUUCUGUGGGUGUGAGGUUUCGCUGGACCUGUGGGAGAACCUGAAGAUCUGCAAGGACGGGCAGCGCGAGUGGCUGAAGCACAAGAUCCGGGAUUCCCACUACAUCAUCAUCGUCUGCUCCAAGGGCCUCAAGUACUUUGUGGAGAGGAAGAAGCGGAAGCACAAGGGGGCGCCCCCCGAGGACGGGAAGGGGGAGAUCUUCGUCAGCGCCAUGUCUAUGAUUGGGGAGAAACUGAGCAGCGCCGGCGGCAGUGGGGAGGGAAACCCCGAGGAGCUUGGGAAAUUCAUCACCGUCUAUUUCGAUUACUCUUCCGACUCGGACAUCCCGGGAAUCCUGGACAACACCAAGAAGUACAAACUGAUGGACCACCUUCCCCAGCUCUACUACCACCUGUACUCCAAGGAGCUGAGCUGGCACGACCCGGAGCAGUACCCCGCCAACAUCAGCAAGCGCAACUACUUCCGCAGCAAGGCCGGCCGCUCGCUCUACAUCGCCAUCUGCAACAUGCACCAGUACCAGGACCAGGAACCCGAUUGGUUCGAGAAGCAGCACCUCCCGGCCCACUCCCCGACCCUCCACUACCAGGAGCCCGUCAUGGAGAAGUUCGACUCCGGGUUGGUGCUGAACGACGUAACGGGGAAACAGGUGGCGGAAACCGACCUCUCCGGUAAAAUGGACAUUGCGGCGCCAGCGGCCGCCCUGAUUAAAAGCUCCAGGGAGGGGCUAGAGGCGCCAGAUGCAGCGCCGAGUGCCAGCUGCUCGCUGCAGCCCGUGUUGCAUUCUGUUAAAGCUGUCACUCAGGCGGACAUGCCCAGGGAUUCUGGGAUAUAUGACUCUUCCGUGCCCUCCUCUGAGCUCUCACUGCCUUUAAUGGAUGGACUGUUGGCGGAUCAGGCAGAAACGUCGUCCAUUGCGGAAAGUGUCUCUUCUUCAUCCGGACUAGGAGAGGAGGAGCCGUCCAUCCCCAAAUCCGUGGUUUAUGGAAUCUGCAAAGCGGAUCUGCACCUUCACACAGAGGAACUCCAGGCCAUCGCCCCUUUGUAGCCCCUUCCUGGUCCGGCCUUUCCCUGUGUGUGGGGGGCGGGGGGGGGCCCGCCUGGCAGGGAAGAGGUUAAUAUGCAUUGCCACUUUAGGAAGUGAGAGCCCAGGGUUCGUGGAUAAGGGCGGGACGGGACUGCUGAGCCUCAACCUACUUGAAUCAAAAGUCAUGUGACCUUCCUGGGUUUGGGUUGGGCCCUGGACUCUGAUGGGGCCCCCAGCGGCCGAGUACAAGGAACGGUUAUUGUGGGGGGGAGGAAGGGCCCUACCAUCUAUGCCUUCUCUGCAGGGGGGGAGGCAGAAGCACCAUACCAAGACCUCUGUGCCUUUAAAAGUGUCAGCUCACGUGCUCAAGAGGUUCUGCAGCAGCUGAUUUCCCAAACCUGACUGUAAAUGAAGUGAUGGCGCCGGAGCCAGUGAUGGACAUAGUGUUACCAUAGCAACCGGAACUUUGGCCCCUGACCCUCGGUGCCACUGUGCCACUGCUGCUUUUAUCCUGCACCCAGGCACCCAGCCCUGGGCUACGGGCAGCACCCUAUGAGAAGCGCAGCUUGCUGCUCCGCCCUCUGCGUCUUCAUUGGUCACUUAGUAUAGGGCAGUCGGAAGGCCCCCUGGGUAGUGAUGUCUAGAGACAGAGGGUUCCCCAAACCCAUUGCAGUGUAUGGUCUCUGGCCAAUCAGAACAAAGACAUAUUUAAAGGGGUGGGUGAGCUUCAGGUUCCAUUUUAGUAUAGAAUGGCCCAUUCUUAGCAACGUUUCAGUUGGUCUUCAUUGUUUAUUUUGUAUAGUUUUUGAAUUAUUUCCCUUGGGGGUCACUGACCCCGGCAGCAGAAAUACUCUCGCCCAGUGAGCUUACAAUUUUAUCAUUGUUGAUACUUUUUAUUCCUUAUCUUUCUAUUCAGUCCCUCCUCCAUUCAUAUUCCUGCCUCUCUUUCAAACCACUGCCUGGUUGCUAGGUUAAAUUGGACCCUAGCAACCAGAUAGCAGCUGAAACUCCAAACUGGAGAGCUGCUGAACAAAAACUGAAAUAACUAAUAUAAACUACAAAUAAUAAAAAUGAAGACCAAUUGCAAAUUGUCUGAGAAACUGCCCCUUUGAGACCUCUCCUUUAUUACAUAAAGAGAAAAGCAUUAGUGUGGCCGCUCACCCCUUUAAUACUGGUCACAUAUAAGUUGGAAGCAGGGAGGUAAGUGGCCAACAUGAGAGCAUGAUGGGAAGAUUGGGGCAAGAUGAUGAUUGUGAUGUAGGUGCCCAAACAGAAGCCGUUUGGUUGCUAUUGAACCCCAGGGGGUGCUGGGAAUUGUAGUUCAGUUUAAGGUUGGAAGGGCCCAGUUUCUAUAAAUGCCCUGGGAGCUACGGCUGUGAGUGCAUAGAGUCUGAUAGUCCAUGUUAUGUCUGCCCCCUGCAGUUCAGAGCCAGUAUUGCAUUGAUUUUUCCCAAGUGUCCUUCAGAGGAACCAGAACUCACUCACUAUUUGCCCUUGGAAUGGGCGGCGGGUAAAUAUUUGUCUUUCCACAACAUUUUCUUCUUAUUUCUAACCCCAGUGCCUUAUUCGCUGAGACUGAUGAUCCCCUUACACGAGUGUCAGCUCUGUGGCCCUAGUGCUGUGAGUAAUCACCAUUAUUUCCCCCAAUGGGACGAGGCUACAGGACAGAGGGAGAUUUUGCCCAAUGGCAGCUUCCUGGCGCCGGUCACUGGGAAGACUCCAUUUCUGGGACAAUAAGAGCGAAAAGCGGUUUGCAGGCAGCCAAUCACCCAGGGCCUGUGCUGUAUGGGGCCCACGCUGAUAAUGGGUUUGCAGGCAGCCAAUCACCCAGGGCCUGUGCUGUACGGGGCCCACGCUGAUAAUGGGUUUGCAGGCAGCCAAUCACCCAGGGCCUGUGCUGUACGGGGCCCACGCUGAUAAUGGGUUUGCAGGCAGCCAAUCACCCAGGGCCUGUGCUGUAUGGGGCCCACGCUGAUAAUGGGUUUGCAGGCAGCCAAUCACCCAGGGCCUGUGCUGUAUGGGGCCCACGCUGAUAAUGGGUUUGCAGGCAGCCAAUCACCCAGGGCCUGUGCUGUAUGGGGCCCACGCUGAUUAUGGGUUUGCAG